AUGGAUACAGAAAUUCGCGAUGACCUACUCCAAAGCUACUCCGAUGCAGAACUCAUCCAGCACAUUGUUUCAUCACCUCCUGCAGACUCUCUAAUGAGUCGAGUAUCCUCAAUCUCUCCAAAAUAUAUCUCAAGUCCUACCACCGAGCUAGCUCAUAGCCUAGGGAUACCUUGCCCUUCAAUACGAAGAAUAGUCACUAGCAACCGGAACGUAUACAGCAUCAUGCACCGAAUUGAGGGGUCAACACUAGAGGAUAUCUGGACAAGUUUAGGAUGGUAUUUAACGAUUAAGUUAGCUCUCCAACUCCGUCGCAUCUUAAGAACCCUCAGAUCAACAACCUCACUCACCAUCGGAUCCCUCGCAACCGGUCAAUGCACAUCCUUCUGGCUAGAUGACCUCUACGGCCUCCCACCCCGAUCCGGACCAACAGAGCUCUCUCGCUAUCUCCACUUCUGGGCGAGUGAAAUUAUCACCGGUACUGCAUACAUCCCUUCUGCUAUGGGUCCAUUUGUCUUGACACAUCAUGAUCUGGCGCCGCGGAAUCUUCUUCUCUCGCCCACUGGGGAGCUUUGGCUGCUUGAUUGGGAUCUUGCGGGAAAUGGGCUUUGUUUGCUCGAUGGCGUUGGUAACCUGUUUACGUGGAUUGCGGCUGGUUCAUAUAGACGUGACUAUGGGGCACUGCCUUCUAUGCAGUCGCGGUUUACUCGUUUUCGGGCUGGGAGGAGGUUUGAGCUACUAAACGUUGGUGGACCUACUAGACGGCGAGUUACGUAGGUGUCAUACCCCAUGGUGGAAGAU